AUGGAUACAAACUCUGAUAGUCCGUAUGAUGUUCUUUUCGAACGUUCAUUAGCACUGAUCAUUCGCGAGUAUGGCUUUGAUAAUAUUGAACUUAGUGCCUAUCAUCAAAUUCUCGAUGUAUCCAAUACAAUACUUCGUCGGUUAUUACUCAACGUUAAAAAUCUGACGGAAGUUCAAUCACGUACCGAACCGUGUCCAGCUGAUAUUGCACGUUCGUUACAAAUGAUGAAUGUCAAAUCAUCAUUGUUACACCAAACGUGUAAUCAACCGAUUAAGCAUCGUCUCCGUUCACCAGAUCGUCAAACAGAAACACAUCCAACGAAAUUAUUUCGAGUAACACAUACGACAAAUGAUAAUUCUUCGCGUAAACAUCGGCCUAUUUAUAUUCCGGAUUUUCUUCCAGAAUUUCCCGAUCCUCAUACAUUUAUAUCUAGCGAAACCUAUGCAGAUCUACGAAAAGACUAUCCGCGCGUUCGACAAUUGCUGGCUGACCAACGUCGAGCCUUGCAGCGAUCCUUAGUGAAAUUCAAACUACAGACCAAUGAGAAAAUUUCUGUUAUCAACAAUCAGGGAGCAAAUAUCAACGAUUAUUUUCUAAUAAAAAAUACGACUUCUCCAUUGCCAUAUCUUGCUGCUUUAUUACCGCAAGACCAAAUGGAUUCGGAGAGUACAGAUGCAAUGGAAGACGAAGCCACUGUCGAUGUAUCAGCAAGAACAAAGUCACUAUCGGCAACAGAAGAUGGAGAAAUCUGA